CUGCUGACCUCCCGUCGUCCAUGGGCCCCGGGCUGCCAAGGUCCUGCCCACUUCGCCCGCUGCCCCGCCAUGGGUCGCCGCCGUCGCCGCCGCCGCACCGAGACCGACUCGAGGUCGUCUAAUGACAAUUCCAAUCCCGAGACUACCACCACCACCACCACCUCCUCCACAACCGCCCUUCCUGCUGCUGCUACCACAUCCUCCUCCACAACCACCGCGACCACCACCACCACCACCACCAACUGCCCGCCCGCCCUUGCCCCCUCGUCUGCAGGUGCCCCCAAGGCUGAGACCAGGGUCGCCGCCGGUGACUCCCAUCUGCAACGCCCUCUCCAGGAUUGGCAGGCGCACCAGCCCAGCGCCGAGCCUUCCCAGCUGCAAGCCCUGGCAUCCCCCGAGGACUCUUCCGCAUCGCGAUCCACUGUCUCACAGGCCCGACCUCGACAAGCGCCUUACGCGACCCGCAAGAUUCGCAUCCCGCCCGACACGCCCGCCGCUACAUCUUCUCGCCAUGCCCGCUCGACCUCCCGAUCUGUCGAGGCGAUAGCACUGGAGGAGCUUCCCCAGCCCCAAGCUCCCUCGGUCGUCCUCGUCGACGACAUUCCCGACGCUGACGCCGACGACGCCGACGACGACGCCAUGGCGGCGCCCAAGAGGAAGCGGCGGCUUCCUUUUCUGCUCUCCGACGACGCCCGCGACUCCUCCCCCUACGGCUCCGUCUCCGCCACGCCGCGCCAGCAUGCCUCACCCGCCGACACCGACACCGAGUCCGAAGACUCCCACGGCUUUCGCCAAAGCAGCCGGAGCCGCCGGAGCUUGAGCUCCAAGCGCUCUGGCCUCUCCAAGCAGUCGUCGCGAAUGUCCGAGGAGCUCGACGGCGCCGCCCUCGUCUCCGGUCUCGAUGGCCGCUUCGGCUUGGGAGAGGCGCCCCUGCCGGGCGACAUGCUGGAUCACGGCAAAGACGACGACCUGACCACCGACGACGGGCUUCCCCUCGACGACCAAGAUCAGUCAGACGACUCCGACCACGAAUACCUGGAGAAUUCCCCUCACGAAGCCGUUCGCGCAUCCGUUUCCCCGACCGACAACACCACUCUUUCCAUCAAUACCCCGCGCAUGUGGUGCCUCUCCGUUCUUUUUUCCAUACUCGGAUCCUCCACCAAUCUCUUCUUCUCCCUGCGAUACCCUAGCGUUGCCAUUACACCCGUCAUUGCAUUGCUUCUCGUCCACCCCCUCGGCCACUUGUGGGACAUCUUACUCAAACGGCCAUAUGACCCUGAUGAGGAAUUCAUCGAGGGCGUUCGCACCCCCUCCAUUAUCGAGCGCGAAGACCCCAUGCCGCGCCGUCUCCCGCCCAAGAAGCUCGGGUCGUGGCGCCUAUGGCUGGCUCAGGGGAGAUGGAACGAAAAGGAGCACACGUGCGUCUACGUGAGCAGCAAUGUCGCCUUUGGCUUUGCCUUUGCGACCGACGUCAUCGUCGAACAGACGCAGUUUUACAACCAGCAGGCCCCUAUUCUGUACCAGCUGCUCCUCACCAUAUCAACCCAGAUCCUGGGCUACGGCUUCGCCGGCAUCACCCGCCGCUUCCUCGUGCGGCCAAGCGGCAUGAUAUGGCCCGGCACCCUCAUGUCCGCGGCCAUGUUCUCGACUCUCCACAAGCAGGACAACAAGCCCGCCAAUGGGUGGACCAUCAGUCGCUGGAAGUUCUUCUAUAUCGUCUGGACCGCCGCCUUUGCCUUCUACUUUCUCCCGGGCCUGCUGUUCCCCGCGCUCAGCUACUUUAGCGUCAUCACUUGGUUCGCGCCCAAGAACGUCGUCCUCGCCAACCUGUUUGGCGUCACGUCGGGUCUGGGACUCUUCCCCAUGACCUUUGACUGGGCGCAAAUCACCUAUGUCGGGUCACCACUGCUUGUGCCCUUCUGGGCUGCCAUGAAUGUCAUUGGCGGCCUGGCUAUUGUCAUGUGGAUCAUCGCGCCCAUAUUUUACUACUCAAACGUCCUGUUUUCGUCGUACAUGCCCAUCUUGUCCGCGGGCGUCUUCGACAACACGGGCAAGAUCUACGACGUCAGCAAGAUCCUGACUCCAGAAUUCCUCUUCGACAGAGAGGCCUACUCCAAGUACAGUCGCGUCUUCCUGCCCGUCACGUACAUGCUCAGCUAUGGCGUGCAGUUUGCCGGGCUGGCUGCGCUUCUGACCCACACGCUCUGCUGGCACGGUCACGACAUCUGGCGGACGUGGAAGAAGGCAUUGGAGGAGGCGCGGGAGAAUGGUAAGCCGGCAUACCAGCCGGUCAACGACUCGCGGGCGGCUUCGAGCGGCUCCCUCGGCAGCGACACAUACACGCGCAUGUCUGGAUCAAUGCCCAACAUCGAUAAUCUGUUGAGCCGCGAGGACGUGCAUUGCCGGCUGAUGAGACGGUACAAGGAUGCCCCGGCGAGCUGGUAUCUCUUGACAUUUGUGUCCAUGACGGCCAUUGGCAUGUUCCUCGUCGAGUACUACCCCGUCCACCUCCCCUGGUACGGCCUCCUGUUGUCGCUGGCCAUCGGCGCCAUCUUCUUCAUCCCCAACGGCAUCAUCAUGGCCGUCACCAACCAGCACAGCAGCAUCUACCUCAUCUGCCAGCUCAUCUGCGGCGUCGUCUUCCCCGGCCGCCCCAUCGCCAACAUGGUCUUCGUCACCUACGGCUACAUCUCGUCGGCGCAGGGCAUCAAGUUCGCGUCGGACCUCAAGCUCGGACACUACAUGAAGAUCCCCCCGCGCAUCAUGUUCUCUGUGCAGGUCGUUGCGACGCUCGUCUCGUCGGUCACGCAGAUUGGCGUCCUCAACUGGAUGUUCGCCAACGUCAAGGGCAUUUGCACCUCCGAGGCCGUCAACGGCUUCACCUGCCCCAUCGCCCGCGUCCACUUCAACGGCUCCAUCCUCUGGGGCGUCGUCGGACCCGGCGAGUUCUUCGGCCCCACCGCCAUAUACCGCGCCCUCGUCUGGUGCUUCCCGCUCGGCGCCCUCCUCCCCAUCCCGCUGUGGCUCUACGCCCGCAAGCGCCGCGGCAGCAUCCUCCGCAAGGUCAAUCUGCCCGUCAUCUUCGGCGCCAUGGGCUGGAUCCCCCCGGCCACGGGGCUCAACUUUUCCGUCUGGGCCCUCGUCUGCUUCUUCUUCAACUACCUCGUGAAGCGCCGCGCCAGCGCCUGGUGGGGCAAGUACACCAUGACACUCUCCGCCGCCCUCGACUCGGGCCUUGCCUUUGGCAUCGUCGUCGUCUUCUUCGGCUUCAUCUACCCCGGCUGGAUGAAGGGCUUCACGUGGUGGGGCACAGAGGUGUACAAGCAGGGCUGCGACUGGCAGGCCUGCUCGUACAGGACCGUCGCCGAUGGAGACAAGUUUGGCCCCGAUACGUGGUAAGGGGCUUGGUUGGGGUCCCGGGUCCGAGACGGCGUGGCACGCCCGCCUGCCGAAUUGGUUUCGGGGGUGUGUGCCAUCAUCACUGUGUGCAUCCUUUUGCUGUCUUACUUACCCGCCAUAUCCGCCACCGCCUCCGCUUCCUACUUCACUACUAACUACCGCCACCGCCACCACCAUCACCACUACGACUACGACAGCUUCCAUGACGAAUUUGGGGACACACAUAUGUUACAAACCUCGGGCUUUCCUCUUGGAAAACAAAAAUAAUAUGCAUAGACGGGGCGGCAGCCGGCCAGCCAAGCAAGGCAGGGCAGAAUCUUGGGUCAUGACAUCGAGGCACCCGCCCUACCACACACAUCGGGAGCGGCUACGGAUGAUAUAUAGACAUUUCAUGUUCCUAUAGCGCAAACAUGUAUAGCUAGCAUGCAACUGACAAUAAUCAAAACCAUGCGUCAGACUCAGACCAUGGUAGUCAAUUCGA